AUGGACCGAGUCGUAAGCCACGCAGUGCAGCACCCGUACACUACAUGCCUGAGCUACGGCCUGGACAGCGGGGAAACCAUUCCGGUAUGCCACCAUGAGCUCGUGGGCGCCAGCGCCGUGCUCGCCCAAGCCAUGACUAAAGCCUACGCCAAGAAGAAAAGCACGUCCAUUGACGCCCUCUACGUACUGCCCGCCAACAAUGCAAUUGGCGUGGAUCUUGAGCACAACCUGGUUGUCAACUCCUUGAAGGGGGACGCUAAAGUGACUCCCGUAGAUGACGACGUCAUCGCGAAAGUGAAAGAAGUUUCGAGGUCAAAGGUCUACGACUUAGAAGAUUCGUUGAACUUGGUGGAGGGCGGUUGUCUCUUCAGCGAUUAG